AUGGCACGCAGCUCCAUGAUAGUCCCGUUGAUCAAUAGGCACUUCUCGUCCACUCGGCCGUUGCGUGCGCACUGGCUCUUGCCGCGUGUUACCGGGAAGUACGACAAUGCUGCCCAGUACAUCGUCCGAGUCUACGAGUCUCGUGGCAAUGAACUUCUACCUUAUUAUGAACAUGGAGCUGUCGUGGACAGUUCCGAUAAUUCCAUUUACCUGGACGUCGAGGCCACAAUCGCCUCCUACCCAGCAAUUUCGCAGACCAGCCUGGAUACACGUCGACCCACGUCAUUCCGCCUGGUUAUAACCGCUCCGAGAAUAUUCUACUUUGGCACAUCUUCCCCAAAGCUUUCGUCUAGGUCUUUGGUCGUGGCCUCCGGUCAGAAGAAGGAGGCCAAGGAGGCUAUCUACAAGUCAGAAGAGUUUGUCGUCGACUCUGAGACGUCCAAACAUGAUGACAACCAUGUCCCAUUUGUGGACGGAGAGACUGCUGCUGAGACUGAGGAGCGCCGACAGCAAAGUGAAAACGCUAGCUUUAAGAAAACCUUCACACCGACGUCUGUGCCUUCUUCUCAACUGUGCAGUGGUUAG